CGUACACAUCCAUCACUCUACCUUCAUCAACAUGUCCACCCAGGUCACUCCUUCAAAGACGGCCGCCUCAGCCAUUGAGGGCCUCAAGAUGAGCGAGUCUCCUGUUAAGAAGCUUAACUUCCAAGCUGCCGGCAAAGAGAACGUUCCUUUCGAUGCUGCCGCGCCCGUCGACAUCGAAGUCAAGAAACCCAUCGUGGAGGAAGCCAAACAAGAGAAGCCCAUUGUAGCACCAACAAUAAAGCCAGAGGAAGCAGAUGAGCCUCUCCUGCAAGAGAACCCUCAUCGCUUCGUGCUCUUCCCAAUUAAGUACCACGAGAUCUGGCAGAUGUACAAGAAGGCCGAGGCAUCCUUCUGGACCGCCGAAGAAAUUGAUCUCUCCAAGGACCUUCACGAUUGGAACAACAGACUCACCGAUGACGAACGUUACUUCAUCUCACAUGUCCUCGCAUUCUUCGCAGCAUCUGAUGGAAUUGUCAACGAGAACCUUGUCGAGCGCUUCAGUGGUGAAGUUCAAAUUCCUGAGGCUCGAUGCUUCUACGGUUUCCAAAUCAUGAUGGAGAACAUCCACUCCGAGACCUACUCUCUCCUCAUCGACACCUAUAUUAAGGAGCAAGCCCAACGAUCAUACCUUUUCAAUGCUAUUGAUACCAUUCCUUGCAUUAAGAAGAAGGCCGACUGGGCAGUCAGAUGGAUUCAGGACAAGAACUCUACCUUCGCCCAACGUCUCGUGGCAUUUGCUGCAGUCGAAGGUAUCUUUUUCAGUGGUUCCUUUGCGUCUAUUUUCUGGUUGAAGAAGCGAGGUCUGAUGCCCGGACUCACCUUCUCAAACGAGUUGAUCUCGCGUGAUGAGGGCCUUCACACCGACUUUGCUUGCCUUCUCUUCUCGCACUUGAAGCACCGCCCAAGCAAGCAGGCCGUCCAAGCUGUUAUCACCGAGGCCGUCGAAAUCGAGCAAGAAUUCUUAACCGAGGCCCUUCCUUGUGCUCUUCUCGGUAUGAACGCAACUCUCAUGAAGCAAUACAUCGAAUUUGUUGCCGAUCGUCUGCUCCUUGCCCUCGGAAACGAGAAGGUCUACAAGUCUACCAACCCAUUCGACUUCAUGGAGAACAUCUCCCUUGCUGGCAAGACCAACUUCUUCGAGAAGCGUGUCGGUGACUACCAAAAGGCCGGUGUCAUGGCCGGCACCCAGAAGAAGCACGAGGACACAACAGCGCAGACCGACGCCAAAGCAGACAACGGCGGAGAUUUCAACUUCGACGAAGAUUUCUAGACUUCUUCGCAUCAAGACCUGGGCUCAUUGGCGUUAUGAACUCUAUUAUGUACAGUAUUCAUUGCACUGGAUAUUCUUUCCUUUUACGAGUCCUUGCAAAAUAGAUGGCGAGGUUGCUCGGUGCAAACACGGUGCUUGCUGGGUAUAUCUUCAC